GUAUGUGUGCAUAAUCGUGUGUGUGUGUGUGUGUGUGUGUGUGUGUGUGCUGUGUCCACUCAAGGACAGAGUACAACCUGAGCUGUCAUUUUGACACAGGGUCUCUGAUUGGCCUGUAACUUCCCCAGUACAGUAGUCUGGCUAGAUAACAAGCCUCAAAUAACUGCCUGUUUUUGCUUCCCCGGGGGGUCUUUUGCAUAAAUACUCAAGUAUUCUGAAUUUUGUUGUUCACAGAGGUCAUAGCAAGUCCCUCCCCCUCUAGUGAUUACAUCGUAUGUGUCAUAGGAUAACCUUAUCUUCAGGAAUACUGAAUGACUCUUAAUCAUUUUCCUACUACAGGAUUAGGCAAUCCUCCCCUCCCCCACCCACCGGUGGAAAGGCAUGGAUGCAUUGGCUUCUUGGUGGUUUCAUUUGUAAAAUGAAAAUGAAUUGGAGCCUCUCCCUCAUUGGACUGCUGGAGACUGUUAGAAAUAAUGCUUACCAAAUCACUCAACUUAGCGCCGGGCACACAUUAAGUAUGUAGUUAAGGUUAGGUGAUCUUUAGGAUGAUAGUUAAAGGCCAAACUGGAAAAACCGAGUGCUUAGAUGUCAUGGGGCUAGGCAAAGAGAAAGGGACAGAGAGACGUGCCCUAGGGUGCAGGAGGAGGCGGACGCUGGACUGCCAGCGGAGGGGAAUCCCUGGAAGGGCAUUUUCCCAGCCCGCGGGGACUCUGGGAUUUCAGGGCCACACACGCAUCUAUUCCCGCACAGAAAGCACCCAAACUCCGUCACCUGGUUACCUUUCUAGAGUUUCAGGAGGUAUCUGCUUGGGAGGAGGGCGUACGCCUCAGGGUCGCGGUGGCGCUGAAUUGAGGACACCUUAGGUAGUUCCCAACCCCAGGCGAAGUCGCAAGCUCGUCUGGGGAGUCCCUGACCCGCAGCCCCCAGUGCCCGCCCUCCAGGAUCCCUCCUCCAGGGCGGUGAGAUCCAGAUCCCAGAAUGGCCCUUUAAAAGGCAGUGUCGUGUCCGGAGGGGGCGGGCUGGGGGCGCUGACCCGCCCGCGGCUGGUCCCCUCUCCCCGCCCCCUCCCUCCUCCUUUGGCUCCCUCCCUCCCUGGAUCCCCGCGUUGCUCACUCGCUCUCCCCGCGCACGCUCCGUCUCCGUCAGUCCCCUGAGCUGUUCUAGUGCGCGGCGUGGAGCCAGGCAGGGCUCAGGCUGGUGGAGCGACCGGGGCUGGAGGCUGGGAGUGAGGCGCUCACGGCCUCCCCGCGCCAUUAUCCGCGCUCGCUACGGGCGAGGCCGGCGCCAGGAUGGCAGAGAUGGGGAGCAAGGGGGUGACGGCGGGGAAGAUCGCAAGCAAUGUUCAGAAGAAGCUGACUCGAGCUCAGGAGAAGGUCCUGCAGAAACUGGGGAAGGCGGAUGAAACGAAGGAUGAGCAGUUCGAACAGUGCGUCCAGAAUUUCAAUAAGCAGCUGACAGAGGGCACCCGGCUGCAGAAGGAUCUUCGGACCUACCUGGCUUCUGUUAAAGCCAUGCACGAAGCCUCCAAGAAGCUGAGUGAGUGUCUCCAGGAGGUGUAUGAGCCUGAGUGGCCUGGCAGGGAUGAAGCGAACAAGAUAGCAGAGAACAAUGACCUGCUAUGGAUGGACUAUCACCAGAAGCUGGUGGACCAGGCUCUGCUGACCAUGGAUACCUACCUGGGCCAGUUCCCUGAUAUCAAGUCACGCAUUGCCAAGCGGGGGCGGAAGCUGGUGGACUACGACAGCGCCCGGCACCACUAUGAGUCUCUUCAAACCGCCAAAAAGAAGGAUGAAGCCAAAAUUGCCAAGGCAGAAGAGGAGCUCAUCAAAGCCCAGAAGGUGUUCGAGGAGAUGAAUGUGGACCUGCAGGAGGAGCUGCCAUCCCUGUGGAACAGCCGUGUGGGUUUCUAUGUCAACACGUUCCAGAGCAUCGCGGGUCUGGAGGAAAACUUCCAUAAAGAGAUGAGUAAGCUCAAUCAGAACCUCAAUGAUGUCCUGGUCAGCCUAGAGAAGCAACACGGGAGCAACACCUUCACAGUCAAGGCCCAGCCCAGAAAGAAAACUAAACUGUUCUCACGGCUGCGCAGAAAGAAGAACAGUGACAGCGCCCCUGAAAAAGGGAACAAGAGCCCUUCACCUCCUCCAGAUGGUUCCCCUGCUGCUACCCCUGAGAUCAGAGUGAACCAUGAGCCAGAGCCGGCCAGUGGGGCAUCGCCUGGGGCUACCAUCCCCAAGUCCCCAUCUCAGAGCUCUCUCCCGGCUGUGGUGGUGGAGACCUUCUCAGCAACUGUGAAUGGCGCCGUGGAGGGCAGCACUACGACUGGACGCUUGGAUCUGCCCCCGGGAUUCAUGUUCAAGGUGCAAGCCCAGCAUGAUUACACGGCCACUGACACUGACGAGCUGCAACUCAAAGCUGGCGAUGUGGUACUGGUGAUCCCCUUCCAGAACCCAGAGGAGCAGGAUGAAGGCUGGCUCAUGGGUGUGAAGGAGAGCGACUGGAAUCAGCACAAGGAACUGGAGAAAUGCCGCGGCGUCUUCCCGGAGAAUUUCACAGAGCGGGUGCAGUGACGGGAGAGCCUCUGCAGCCUUCCGGUGUGUGAAGAACCUUUCCCCAAAAGAUGUGUGCUUUUCUUUUCUUUGUUUUUCUUCCUCUUCUUUUCUGUUUUUUGUUUUGUUUUGAAACUCUUGAAAAGUGUCGGGAAAUUGGGGAGCGGAAACCUAAGCCAAGAGGUGUACCCCCAAAGAUGAGGUGGUUUUCCAAAAAGCCGUCCGACCCAGUUCAGUGGACUUCUCCAGUAUUCCCGAAGCUGCUGUGUCCCCCUCCUAGUUGAGUUCCCGAUGCCCGCAUGUUCAGGGCGGGCCGGGGGUGCAGAGCCACCGCCGCACUUGCCUGACGCUUGGCCGCGCCACCGGACAGGGCUUGGGUCCUCUUCUGGCAGCUGCCCUGGGCAGGGCCUGCACUGUGGCCCAGCCUGGUCCGCUCUGCAGACCAACCGUGUGCUGUUUGAAAAUAAGCCCUAGUGUUCAAAAUGCAGCGAAACAAACAAAAAUGAAAAACCGGACAAAACCACCAGAACAA